CAGAGUGGAGGACAAGGAGGAGGCGGUGUGGAGUUUGGAUGCUGUGUCGGGGCUGAGCUGCCGAGUCUCACUUCAAAUUCAGUACAAGUUCUUCGACCAAGUUUCACUGGACAAGCGGCGGAAUAGUUGAGCAGGAAUGGAGCUUUCGGCGGCCCGGUUGUGUGUCACACUGUUGAGCCUCUUCGCAGGGUUGACCUCAGGUCUAGAGAUCACAUCAUCUUCAGCGUCUACUCCCACAGAGGUGGCCAGCGGACAGAGUGUGAAGCUGGAUUGCCAGUUCACUCUGGCUUCUGAGGAUUCUGGACCACUGGAUAUUGAAUGGAGCUUGGUGGCGUCUGACAACCAGAAAGACGACCAAGUGAUCAUUUUGUACUCGGGCGACAGAGUCUAUGAUGGCUACGACACACCCGUCAAAGGUCGGGUCCACUUCAAUUCGCCCGAUCCGAAGAAUGGCGACGCCUCAGUCAACGUUCUAACGGUGAAGUCAACGGACACCAGCACCUACCAGUGCAAAGUGAAGAAGGCCCCUGGCAUCGGCAACAAGAAAAUGCAGCUGGUUGUUAUGGAGAAGCCGUCCAAGCCCAGGUGCUACACUGAGGGCUCCACACAUGAAGGCAAAGACGUUGUGCUGAGGUGCACAUCUGAUGCAGGAAGCAAACCCAUGAAAUACAGCUGGGAGAAGACUACUGGCAGCAAAGUGCUGCCCGCCUCCUCAGUGCUGGAUCCUGUGUCAGGCACAGUCAACGUGAAGAAUGCAUCUGCCAGUGCAUCUGGCACGUAUCGCUGCACCGCUACCAAUCGCGUUGGCGCAGAGCAGUGUGUGCUCGAUCUCAGCGUGACACCGAUCCCGAAUACUGCCGGCAUCGUCGCGGGAUCCAUAAUUGCUGUCCUGUUGAUCCUCCUCAUCAUCGCCAUUAUCCUGUUCUGCUUCUGCCGUGCCCGUAACAGGAAAAAGUACGAGAAGGAAAUCUGCAAUGAGAUAAGAGAGGAUGUGCCCCCUCCCAAGAGUCGCGCUUCAACUGCUCGAAGCUUCACUGUGGCCAGCCAGCGCUCCUCACUGGGCUCCAUGUCGCCUUCCAACCUGCACGAGUAUGCCCUGAAGCCUCAGUACGACAAGAUUCCCUCAUCAGAGGAGUACGACAGGCCUCCGAGCCAGGCUCCGAUGCCGCUGCCCUCGGCCGGCAAGAUGGCCGGCUACAACCUGAGUCGCAUGGGGGGCAUCCCUGUCAUGGUUCCUGCCCAGACAAGGGACGGUUCAAUCGUCUAGCACAUCGUCUUCACGGGAAAGGACUGUGCAAAGAGGGGAUUGAACGGAAGGAAGUGGGACAAAAGCUGAUGAAGAAUGGAGCUGAUUUUUAGCUCUUUAUUAUUUACUAACGGGAAUAUUCUCUGCUUAUGGAGACCCGGCUCUGCUGUGGUGCUGAGAAGAGAAUUUGAGUUGUACACAACAGAGUAAAUGAAGUUUUUAUCAAAUGCAAAAACAUACAAAAAAAAACUUUUAUGAAUUUUGUCUCCUGGACUAAUGUCCAGGAGACAAAAUUGGUGUAAAGUUAAUGUGGGUAUAAAGCAGACCGGCAAAGUAAAUAAAUAUCUAUUGUAUAUAUGCAUGUUUUUUUUGUUUAGUUUCUGUUUCCUGUCUUUUUUUUUAAACAUACAUGGCCCUUGCUGUAGAGUUGUACUGUAUGUUUAAAACAGAUCCAGGCCCCUGAAUGGCCUGCUGUACAGCUGUAUGCAUGCAUGUAUAAAAUUACAGCUGUGUGCGUUCGUGUGUGUGCGUGCGCGUGUGUGUGUGCGUGCAUGCGUGUGUCUGUAAGGCAGUAUAAGUUUCUCUUUCAUUUACUUUCUUCAAAAUACUAAAUAACUGUUUGAUCCGGUCUUCACUCGGUCCUGAUGAUAAGACUUCAGUGUAAAACCUCCUCAGAGACGCUCGUUAGGAGGAAAGUCACAGAUCUGGUUUAAUCCCUGCACCGAGUGCACCAACUGCUUAUGUGGGUCAGCCGUUUUCUUUCCAACGCUUCUUCUGUUGUUUGAAUUGUCCACUGUGGGGUUGGCCGGGGAUUUGAGGGUGGACAGGAUUGGCUGGCAGCGAGGGGGAGGUUCAGCCGAGCACAUCUUGUGAUUGGGUGUAUUAUUGCUUCUUGAGUGAGCUUAAAAAGGAGCAGUGUCCAUCCCCCAACUCUUCUCCAGAAAACUUUGAAGAGGUGUCGAGAAAUAAUGGAGGCCGCUGGACAACAAGGUUCACUGAGCACUCGGCACUGAUUAUGUUUGACUGUCCACAGGCCUUUAACCACCCGAAGGACGUGUAGGCGUACCAAACGGAUUAAACACCAAGUUUUAAUUCACUGGUAGUAGCUCACCCCCCUCAGAGUUGCCACGUAUGCAGUCCUCUGUAUCUGAGGUGCAUUACAAGGAGCCUAUAUCUUAAUUAACCUUCUCUGUGUGGUUAAUGUGAAACCUUUUCUGGCUUAAUUAAGAUGUUUUUUAAUGAUGUAAAGCAGGAUGAAGACAGUUCCCACACAGAGAAACAAAUGGUGAAUAUUCUGUGUGUCUACAUUAUAACCAGUCCAAGUUCAUCUUGCUCUCAGAUCCUGUGAACGUUGGUGCAGUCGGUCGGUUUAAGUUGCCAUGACGUCGGUUAUUUAAUUCCCAUUCUUCCACCAUUUGGAAGACCAAAAAUCUCAUCUUCUAUUUUCUAAGGGAAAAAAAAGGCAGUAAUUUAGCAGGAAAAGUGUUUCUUUUCACUCUGACGCCUUAUUGUACUCCUCGUUUUAGCCUUACACACUUCUCCUCCGUUCACUUCCUCACAGCUCAGUUAUGAUGACUUCUAUCGUGCCUUGUUUUCCCAGUUGAGUUGCGUUGUAGCACAUCUGCCACUGGUACACUGCGCCGUGUGCAGUGACAUCGCCCUGCAUGGCCGCCAGUGCCACGAUAUCAAAAGAACAAUAAUCUAUACGCAGCCUGUUUUGUACUUUCUGUUGUCCCACUCCCACUUACCUCAUACGAUUUUUUUCCCACAGCUUGCAAAACCUUUACGACUGUCUUAAACCUAUUUUUUUAUUCCAAAAACAUGAUUUUGUUCUUUCUUUCUUUUUUAAACUUCAUUUGAAACCUCAGUAAUUGAUGUGCUUUUUAAGAAAAGAGAAAAAAAACGGCUCAAUGGCUCUGGCUGUAUGUAUAAAUAUUUUGUCAAAGUAACCCUAUCUAAUCGCAACAAAAUGAAAGAUGUAAAGACGACACUGUCUAUAUGGAUGUUUGUGAUGCUCUGCUGUGCUUGACAAAUCUAUAUCUAGGAGGGGGUUAGUACAGAGAGCGUGUGCGUCAGGUUUUCGUGUGUGAAUCCCAGUAUCUAAGAGGAGGUGACAGCUGGAGAAAAGUCUUGGCCCCUGGACUGCAGAUUUGAUGUAACACCAAGAAAAGUGAGAUGUGGGCCUGUCUAGACAAAGAAUUACAUCUGUCAGAUCUACUUAAACACUCUUUGUAUGCAGGUUUGUGUGUGCGAGAGAGAACUGGCAGAUGUAUUGCUGAGGGGAGUUUGUUGGUGGGCCCCUAUAGGAUUCUAUUGAGACCCUUCACCUGCUGGCAAAGUGUACAGAGCUCACAGAGAGGGGCUCCUGCGUCCCUCUCUGUGCUCACAACAUUAAUAACUAAUAUUACUAACCGUACUAACAGUAGCUUUGAAAUCAGCCUGCUAAUACUAUAUGAAGAUCUACUUUUGAGGUUUGCACAUGCGUGGAAACAACUUUUGUUUUUUGUGUGUAUCAUUUGUGCUUUAUUUUUGAAUAAUAAAAGUCCAUGAAAUAAGGAAA